CCAGCCUUGCUCCCGGGGGGUGUGGAGGCUUUCGUCCGGAUACGUGGUGGAACUUGAGGCGGUCCUAGAGACCCACGCUCCCACUCACUCCCAUCACCCCCAGUCCACCAUUAACCAAACUUUUUUUUAAAAAAAGAAAAAUGGCACCCUCCACUUCUUCCCAACUCUUCUCGGCGCUUGUAUUCUCGUUUUUCGUCUCUGUGGUGAACUCCCAGUAUGAAAAAUACAGUUUCAGGAGUUUCCCCAGACACGAACUGAUGCCUCUGGAGUCCGCGUAUAAGUACGCGCUGGACCAGUACACCGGAGAGAAGUGGAAGGAGACGGUGGAGUACAUCGAGGUGUCCCUGCGGCUCUACCGGCUGCUGCGGGACAGCGAGGCCUUCUGCAACCUGAACUGCAGCUCCGUCCGGCUGGACGACGAGCAGAAGUUUGCGGAGUUUCCAGAACUGCGUGCGUUUGGGAACGUGAUGAAGAGGGCGCAGUGCCUGAAGCGAUGCAAACAGGGGCUGCCCGCGUUCAGGCAGACGAUGCCCAGCCGGGACACCAUAGUGGAGUUUGAGGAGAGAGAGCCCUACAAGUACCUGCAGUUCGCCUACUUCAAAUCAGACAACCUGGCCAAGGCGGUGUCCGCUGCCCACACCUUCCUACUGAAACACCCAAAUGAUGAGAUGAUGCAGAGGAACAUGGCUUACUACAAGAGUCUGCCGGGAGCCGACGAACACCUCAAAGACCUGGAGACCAAAUCCUAUGAGACACUAUUUGUGCGUGCAGUACGGGCGUACAACGGGGAAAACUUCCGUACCUCGGUGUCAGACAUGGAGCUGUCGCUGCGUGAUUUCUUCAAGGUCUACGACGAGUGUCUGGCUGCGUCCGAGGGCCCCAGGGACGUCAAAGACUUUAAGGACUUCUACCCCUCCAUAGCCGAUCACUACAUAGAGGUCCUUGAAAGGAAAGUGAGGUGUGAAAGUGAACUGACACCCGUCGUAGGAGGUUUUGUGGUUGACAAUUUUGUAGCCACCAUGUACCACUACCUGCAGUUUGCCUAUUACAAAUUGAAUGACCUGAAGAACGCAGUACCAUGUGCAGCCAGCUACGUGCUCUUUGACCCCAACGAUGAAGUUAUGAAGAAUAACUUGGCCUACUACCAGUUCCACAAAAGCCGGUGGGAGCUGACGGAGGAGGACUUCAUCCCCAGACCAGAGGCACUGCGGUACUACAAUCAGACCACCAUGCAGCUACAGAUGCUGGAGUUCUCCAGACAGCGCCUGGUGAGCGACGACGAGGGGGAGGUGGUGGAGUUUAUAGAUGAGUUCCUGGACAUUGAGGAAUUGCCCUUAUUGCAAAUGCCAGCGAAACACUGAAACACACCCAACGAACGUCCGUCCCCCCGUCUGUAUUUAUUGGGUUUUACAAGAGGCUCUGAUUGGUCACUGUGUUUCUACCUGCAGAACCACAUCCUGAAUAUUUUUACUUUGAAUUUUGUGCACUAAACAUCCAGUUCAGUGGUAUCGGCAUACAGCACAGUGGGUAAAUGAUUUAAAGACAAUGAUGUUAAUAGAGAUAGAAAUAUUUUUACUUGCUGUUUUUAUGGGUCCGUUCCUCCACUGUGAAUCAUGUAUGUUGUUGGUUACAAUGAAAUGAUAAUAAAGCUCGCCAAACAUGUC